AUGAGGCUUAAUAAAAUCAGGAGUCUUCAUGCUUGCACAAAUUGCCUGCGACAAGGUCAUAUUUCCAAAGAUUAUAAUUCCAGUCAUCAGACAAACCCAAGGAAUGAAGGUUUUAAUCCUCAGCCCAAACCUUCGCCAAAUCGUCAACAAAUCAAUCGAACAAAUUCUUCAGAUAGUAUUGACAGUAAUUCACAAGCUCUUUCAGUGACUAAUAAUCACAGCCCAGAUUCUUCAUAUGUUCUCUUAUCCACAGCUGAUAUAGUCAUUCUUGACUCUGAGGAUAAAAUCACAAGUAACUUACCUGAAAUUUCCUUUAAUUCAGAAGCUUUAGGGAUUCCUAAAAAUAUUUCAUUAGCAGACGAUAAUUUUAACAAACCUGGUCCUAUAGACAUACUCCUGGGAGCAUCUAUAUUUUGGAAACUUAUUUGUGUUGGACAAAUAUUGUUGUCUAAUACGCACGCUGUAUUGCAAAAAACUACCUUGGGAUGGAUAGUCUCAGGUUCUUUACCACUUUCAAAUGGUUAUUCAUCAAUUUGUAAUCUUUCUACUAGUUCACCUUCUUCUAUGCUUCAUGAGCAAUUAGAAAAGUUCUGGAAACUAGAGGAAUGUCAAAUCAGCACAUUUUAUUCACAAGAAGAAAAGGAAUGCGAAGAACAUUUUUUAGAUACUGUCUAUCGUGACAAAUCAGGUAAAUUUGUUGUGAGUCUUCCAUUGAAGGAUAAUAUCUCUCUCUUAGGUGAAUCUUAUGAUACAGCAUUAAAGCGGUUUUACACUGUUGAAAAGCGUCUUAGUAAAAACGAAGACUUAAAAUCUCAGUAUGCUGAAUUUAUGUCAGAAUACGAAAUGCUCGGUCAUAUGUCAAAGGUUCGUGAGGUUUCUUCUGAGAUGGAUGACCCAGAAUAUUUCUUGCCACACCAUUGUGUAAUUAAAGAAAACAGUUCUACAACAAAACUCAGGGUUGUCUUUGAUGGUUCUGCAAAAUCCAGUAGUGGAAUUUCUCUGAACGAUACCCUUAAAAUAGGCCCCAAACUUCAGGACGAUUUAAUGGAUAUUGUUUUGCUUUUUCGCACUAAUCAAUUUGCUUUCACGGCUGACAUCGAAAAGAUGUACAGGUGUGUUAAGGUGAAGGAGAGUCAUCGCAAUUUACAAAAGAUUUUAUGGCGUAGUGAUCCAUCUCAAAGGGUUGAGCAAUAUAAGCUUAACACAGUCACAUAUGGCACUGCAAGUGCGUCUUAUUUGGCAAUUCGAAGCUUGCAGGAAGUUGCUACUCAAAAUAAAGAGAAUUUUCCAAAGGCUGCAGAGAAAAUAUUAAGUUCCUUUUAUGUGGAUGACUUUCUCUGUGGUUCCAAUUCAAUCAGUGAGGGUAAAAAACUUAUAUCAGAUGUAAUACAUAUACUUGAAACCGCUGGAUUUCACUUAAGAAAAUGGGUUGCAAACGAUCCUAGUCUUUUGAAUGAUAUUUUAAAAGGAGGUUCUUCAAAUCACAAAUUUAUUUCAGACGACAAUAUGACGAAAACCCUUGGUCUUACUUGGAAUGCCAAGGAGGAUAUUUUUCAAUAUUCCUUCCAUAUUUCGCCAACAAAUCGAAUUACAAAACGUUCUAUUCUCGCAGUCACAGCUCAGAUUUUCGACCCACUGGGUUUAAUUGGUCCCUGCAUCAUUAAGGCAAAAUUGAUUUUGCAAUCUUUAUGGCAUGAGUCUAGUAAUGUGGAAUUUCAUGGCUUUAGCGAUGCUUCCAUAAAAUCAUAUGGAGCUUGUUGCUACCUUAAGACUACAAAUCAUCAAGGGGAAACUAAUGUUUCUUUAGUUUGUGCCAAAUCUAAAGUAGCGCCCUUAAAAACAAUUUCGUUACCUCGACUUGAGCUAUGCGCAGCUGUAUUACUUGCAAGAUUAGCUCACAGAGUUUUAAAUUCUCUUAGAAUUAAAAUCGAUUCUUUUCACUAUUGGACCGAUUCAACAAUCGUAUUAUCUUGGAUAGCAUUGCAACCUAGUACUUUAAAUACGUUUGUCGCAAACAGAAUAUCUGAAAUUCAGACUUUGACUGAGGUUAAUCAGUGGUCACAUGUCCCAUCAGCUGAUAAUCCAGCCGAUAUUAUUUCUAGAGGUUUAGAACCUAUUAAGUUAGAAAAUUGUCAGCUCUGGUGGUCAGGACCAUUUUUCCUUAAACAAGGCAAAGAGUAUUGGCCUCCAAAAGUAAAUCCUUCUUCUGAUCUUCCCGAGGUGAAAGAGCAAAAACAUACGUUUGUUACUCAUAAAAAUAUCCUUUCAGAUGAGUUGGAUUUAUGUGAGAAAUUUUCUUCAUAUACAAAAUUGCUCAGAGUCACUGCUUACUGUUUAAGAUUUAUAAAGCUUUUAAAACAAAAGGGUAAUAAAUCUCAAUUUGCUAACUUCAUAUGUAAAGAUGAACUACAAGAUGCUAGGAUUGUCAUUAGCAAAAUCGUUCAGAGGCGUUACUUUUCUGAUGAAAUCAAACAUUUACAAAAUGUAAGGCGUGUAUCUCUGAAGAGUCCCCUCUUAAGAUUAAACCCAUUUCUCGACGAAAAAGGUUUGAUUCGAGUGGGAGGCCGUUUGAAUCAUUGUAAUUUAUCAUAUGACAUUAAACAUCCUAUAUUGUUGCCCAGUAAUUCUUAUUUUUCUAAACUUAUUAUUCUUUAUGAGCAUCAUAGACAUCUUCAUGCAGGCGCUCAAGCUACCUUGGCAGCAGUUCGUUUACGUUUUUGGAUAAUCAAUGGUCGUAAUACAGUGCAGAAAAUCUUACGUAAAUGCGUUACCUGUUUCAAGGUCAUGCCAAAAGUUGCUCUAAAUCAAAUGGGUGAUCUUCCUAAAUCAAGGAUUACUCCCGAAAGACCUUUCCGUGUCACCGGAAUGGACUUUGCAGGCCCUUUCUUGGUUAAGGAUGAAGAUGUUAGGUAUAUAGCUGAAAAUCGCCUUAAACAUUUCAAACACUUACAACAGCAAGUGCAGCACUUUUGGCAGCGUUGGUCGAAUAUCACGACACUACAAGAACGUUCAAAAUGGCAUACUCGAUCAGCGAAUAUAGAAGUAGGCGCUCUUGUGUUAGUAAAGGAUGACAAUGUACCUCCGUUAUGUUGGAACUUAGGUCGCAUUGUUGAAGUGAUACCUGGCGACGACAACAUAGUGCGCGUUGUGUGCGUCAAAACAAAACAUGGUGUCUUAAAACGACCAAUAGCAAAGAUAUGUGCACUACCAUUUAGCGAUAGUUAA